AUGGUAGAGUCUGAUCCUGUCAGCGUCAAUGAUGCACUCAAGAAGAACGUGUGGGUGAACGCCAUAAAGGAAGAACUUGAGGACAUUGAAAGAAAUAAGACUUGGGAAUUGAGUGUUCUAUCUCAGAACAAGAAAGCCAUCAAUGUGAGAUGGGUUUUCAAGAUAAAGUUGAAGCAGGAUGGUCCAGUUUCGAAGCAUAAAGCAGAGUUAGUAGCUAGAGGAUUCCUACAAAAGUCUACUUUAGAGUACUUUGAAGUGUUUGCACUCGUAUCUAGACAUGAACCCAUAAGAUUUGUUAUUAAUAUAGCUGCAAAUAGGAAUUAA